GAUUUUAGUAAUCUUUUAGCGGUUUAGUUGAUAAAGUUUGUUGCUUUUUUUAGUUUUUUUUUAGUUUUUUGUGUAUUUUCUAUUUUGUAAUAAUAAAAAUAGAAAAAAGAGUUUAUGUUUGUGUGUAUGAAUAUAAAUUGAUUGAUCGGAUUGCGGCGAAUUUUAUGGCACCUAAUCGACGAAAAGGUGUUAGUAAAGCGGCGGCGGCGGCCGCCGCUUGUAAGAAGUGGAAGGUCGGCGAUCUUGUUCUUGCUAAAGUUAAAGGCUUUCCUGCUUGGCCUGCUACGGUUAGUGAGCCGGAAAAGUGGGGAUACUCUGUUGACUGGAAGAAAGUUUUAGUUUUCUUCUUUGGAACCCAACAAAUAGCGUUCUGCAAUCCAGCUGAUGUUGAGGCUUUCACGGAAGAGAAGAAAGAGUCUCUUUUGAGUAAACGCCAUGGUAAAGGUGCAGAUUUUGUUCGGGCCGUAAGGGAGAUAAUUGAAAGUUUUGAAGAGCUCAAAAAACAGAAGGAAAUUGAUAGCGUUAGUUUAAUCAGUCAAACUGCCUUAACCAAUGGUGUCAAGUCAGAGGACUGUGUUGCCAGUACUGGUUCAAAGGACGAGCCACUCGCACCUAAUACCGACUCGCCCCCAAAAGUGUCAGAUUCUUUAAGAAAUAAUGAUGGUGAUUCCUUUACCUCAGAAGAUGUUCCCCACAAGGGGGAAAAGAUGUCCGAGGAGCCUAAUGGCAGUCGGGAAGUCACAAGGGCAUCUUUACCAACCACAUACUCAAGAAAGAAAUAUUCGGGUGCUCAGGCGUCAGCAAUACAUGGAAGGGUACCAUCUGCUCGAAGGUCAAGAAGUUCGGUGAGGGCAGAGCCCUGCAGAUAUCAGACAGAAGAUGUUAUGAGUAAUGGUACUUCAUUACGGGAUGUUAGUCAAAGGAGGCCCAAAAGGGUCAGGACAUCUCCAGGUUCAUCAGAUGGACCAGAUAAGGGUUCAAAUACAAGUCCCGAGGAAAACGGUUCCGGAAUUGUUACGGUUGAAACUGAUACCAAGAGUUUUAAUGAAGGGAACUGUGUACAAUCUGGUUAUAAUAAGGUCACGGAAAAUGACUGUGACAUGCGUUUGAGCCAGACACUUGAAUUUCAAACUAAAGCUAUCAUUAUCAAGAAGAAAAGAAAGCCCAGUAGAAAACGGGCUACCACUGUUACCUCGGACAAGCAAUCAGCUUCUGGCAUGGAUGUAGAUAAAUCUGAACCAGUUCAGAAUACUGAUACUGAAAUAACUGCUGGAAAGUAUACGAAGGAAGAUGGUGAUGAGCACUUGCCUCUAGUCAAACGUGCUCGGGUUCGAAUGGGUCGAACCUCACUAUCUUUGGAAGAACUCGGGACUGUCAAUAAAUCGAAUGUUUCAAGCGAUGCAGAUGACAUGCCUACAGAGGAUAAAACAUUGGCUGGUCAGGAAGAAACUGACCCAUCUUUCUCAUUGAGAAAAUGCAUGGUUAAUAAGCCUCCAUUAUGGGAAGCUAACAAGAUUAAGAAUUUUGGUUGCUUAGUCGAUGGUGAAGCUGCUUUACCACCAUCUAAGCGACUCCAUCGUGCUCUGGAAGCUAUGUCUGCUAAUGUUGCAGAAGAUAGACAACUUUCUCCUGGUGGACCAUCUACCAUGAAAACCGUAAUUAACGGAUCUCUUUCCAUUGAGAGCAAGGAAACUGAUGAGCCUGAAGUAGAAAAAGUGAACUCCCACAGUAAUGGAAUAUGUAGCAGUUUAACUCCAUUGGUUGAACCGAAUGAGCCAGUCAAUGAGGUUAACACUUGCAUUCAACCUUCUAGUACUAUUAACAGCCUGACGCAUGAGCAGCUUGUAGAAAUUGGCGAUGGUAAAGGGUCUGUUAUGUUGCCUUCUUUUACUGAAACUCUUGAAAAAACUGCGUACCUGCAAAGCCCAAAACCCGUUUCUUAUGCUACUGAAAAGAGAGAGAUUCUCCCUGAAUGUAAUGAAGCUUCUGUUCCGUCUAUACAUGAUUUUACUACUGAGUGUGAAAUUGAAAAUUUGGAGGUGAAUAGGGCAAGCAAAAAAGAUUCUUGCAAUGAGUCUGGCUCUGGGGCGAGUUCAGAUCCUGUAUCAAGCAAUGUGGAAAAUGAAGUUGUUUCACAUGAUGUCAAUUUGUUGCAGUCUUCUCCCCAGAAAAGCUGCAAUAUGGAGGAUCGUCCUUUCGAAGACGACGGCAAUGACACGACAAUACUGGAAAAUGCCGAAGGAACCAGAAAGUUAAACAUGGAAGUAGGUGAUUCUCCAUCUUUAACCACACUGAAAGAGUUGAAGGGUGUUGACCCGUGUCCUGAGGCGUCUCAUUCAACUUGUAAUGUUGGAGAUAGCUUGAGUGAUAAAAGUGUGUCAGGUACCCAGACAUCCUCUCUUCCGACUGAUGCGUUUGACUCAACUGUCUCACGAGCCUCUCCGCCCAGUACUUCAAUUCCCAAUGUAUUAUCGAAGUCAGAUAAUAGUAAUUUGCUUGAAAACAGUUGUCGUAGUCCUGAGAAACCAAAACACACUGGUAGCAAAUGGAGCACUAUGUCCGAAGCAAAUGCUGCUCUUGCUUCUUUUGAAGCCAGUCUCGGGGCUUUAACACGCACAAAGAAAAGCAUUGACCGAGCUACACGCAUUGCUAUUGACUGUGCUAAAUUUGGUAUUGCUGUUAAGGUAGUGGAGACUAUUGCUCGUAGUUUGGAAGCUGCAUCAAGUUUACAUAAACGGGUGGACCUGUUCUUUCUUGUGGAUUCUAUUGCUCAAUGUUCUCGAGGUCUGAAAGGUGAUGUGGGUGGUUUGUAUCCUUCAGCGAUCCAAGCAGUGCUACCACGGUUAUUAUUGGCUGCCGCUCCUCCAGGAAGUAGUGGUCUUGAAAACCGUAGGCAGUGUUUAAAGGUUCUGAAGGUGUGGCAAGAUAGGAAGAUUCUCCCAGAACCAAUGAUCCGUCACCAUAUUCGGGAGCUUGAUUCCCUUAACAACAUGUCGUCUAGGAUUGGUAAUUCAUCUCGACGCCCCUUUAGAAAUGAAAGGGCGUUUGAUGAUCCAGUUAGGGAAGUUGAGGGUAUGCUAGUUGACGAGUAUGGAAGCAAUUCAAGCAUACAACUAUCUGGUCUCUGCAUGCCAACGAUGCUGAAGGAGGAUGAAAAAGAUGGUAGCGAUUCUGAUGCAGAAGGUUUUGAAGCUGUAACUCCUGAACGGGAUCCUGAAGUUUCUGAUGAACAUGAAAGGGUGCUUACACCUGCAACUGAUAAGCAUACCCACGUAUUGGAGGAUGUUGAUGGUGAGCUUGAAAUGGAAGAUGUUUCUCCCUCACGUGAAAGUGCAGGGACAUCUCAUCAUCAAGUCACGCAUUUGCCAACUUAUGGCCCGCCAUUGCCCAAGGAUUUGCCACCGUCAUCUCCACCUCUCCCCAAUUCUCCUCCACCUCUUUCUGCUUCCCUUCCACCACCACCACCACCUCCCCCUCCCUCUCUUCUGCCACCUCCUCCACCGUUACUUACUUCCCCUCACCCGGCCUCUCUUCCUUUACCUCCUCUGGCUUCUCUUCCUCCACCUCCUAUCACAUCCAUUCCUCCACCUCCUCCAGCCUCUCUCCCUCCACCUCCUCCGGUCUCUCUCCCUCCACCUCCUCCGGUCUCUUUCCCUCCACCUCCUCCAAUUUCACUUCCUCCUCCUUCUCCUUCAGCCUCCAUUCCUCCACCACCCUCAGCUUCCAUUCCUGUACAGCCUACAUUACCCGACACAGUGGGUAACUUCCCUGAUGCCAAUCUUUAUGCUAUGAAUCAGAACGGUAAUGAUGAUCCGCAGCCGUCCUCUACCUCCCAGUUGGUUCAGUACCAUCCUUCUGAAGUAAGAGACCCUCGUGUUGAUAUGCAUGUUCCUGAAUCAUCUAAUUCAUGCUCUUACAGUGUCCCUCGCCCACCUGUUCAAGCUGCCAAUAACGUGCAUUUGAGACCACCUCACCCUGCUCCAUCAUCUCAGUUUUCAUAUUUUCAAUCAGAUCAGUCGAGUAGGGAGAUUCCACCUCCAUCUUAUCCUGGUAGAUUCCAUUUUGUUAACAGUACAGACACUGGAAAUUUUCACAGUGAUCAUGACAGAAUGCACAUUCCGCCACAUGAUGACGGCUGGAGGUUUCCACCCCAUCCAUUCUCUGGUCCAUGUCAUCCUGAUGGCCCUAGAGGACGGUAUCCUCCUAACAUGUAUGCUGGUCCAUAUUGCGAGCCACCAAUGUCCGGGAAUUGGCAUUAUCCUGUACGGCCCACAAAUUAUAGAGAUAUGGCACCUCAUAGGCCAUACCCUGAAGCGCCAGUUCCCAUGGUUACUAGAGGUCCAAACUUUUGGAGACCACGGUGACUCGCACAAGGACAACAUUGGAACUAACCUAUAAGAGACCAAAAUGCUUUGGGCUUGUUAGAACUCCCUUGUUCGAAAAACCGGUUGUAUAAUCUAGCAAGAGCUUAUUGCUUCGAUCAGGGCACAGAAAACUUCCAUUUACAAAGAUCAAGAUGCACAUAUUUCAUGAAGGUAAACACAGAUUGGGUUGGAGCCAAAAUUAUUGACAUUUCUUCGAUGCUCUUAUGACUGCAACCUCCUGUAAUUCUUAGGUUUUUUUUGUAUGCUUUUUUAAAGGUUAUUGAUUGUUGUCCUUCAUGUUUAGCCCAAACGUUGGAUAUUGUAGCCCCUAGUUAGCUGUCAGUUAUUGGGAAUGGGUUAAGUUGAAACCUGAUCUUAGCUUGUACAUUUUGGGAUAUCGUUGGUUUAAAAGUUGAAAUAUAAUAGUUCUUUUACAGUU